GGCCAGGGAGGUCCCACCGAGGGCCGUUUUCGCCUUCAGCCGCUUUGGUCUCCGGCGCCAUGAGCGGGCGGUGGCAAGAGCUAAUGCGGGACGUGGAGCAGGAGUUUGAGCACAUGCAGCGGAGCCUGAGGAAUUUGGAAGCGCAAAACCAGAGGCUUCGUGAAGCUGUUGGCCAUCCAUCGCUCGAAGAGGCGAUCAGCUUGUCGUUGAGGCCUUCGCGCAUCAAGAAGGCAGAGAACAGCUGGUCCUUAGUGUUAAGCAGUGCCGGAUUGGCCAAGAAGGAGAUGCUUCCCUUCACCUCGCCACCCGUGGUGAUGAAGAGUGUGUCCUUCAACAUGUCCACGCAGUCCACGCUCGAAGAGGCACCCGAGGAGGAGAAAGCGCCGUCCCCUUCGCACGGCAUUCUGAAGAAGAAAGGCACCAGCCGCG